AUGUUUUUGGUGGCACUGGAACCGGCACCGAAUACUGGACGGUGGAGAUUGUUUUUUUGGACCAAGGAUACAGCCCCUGGAAGUGAUAUUGGUGCUGUUGGGAACGAGGAUGCCAGCACCGUCUCUAGCCCCGCCGCUGCCGCCGCCAAUUCUUUUUCAUCAUCGCCAUCAUCGCCAUCAUCGCCAGUGCGGCCACCAGAACCCGAGGUCGUAUUAUUGACUGCCAACGAGAACCGGGAGCUACCUCAUGUGGAGGAGGAAGGUCAAGCACAGGUUGCCAGUCAGCUUUUACAAGAACUGAAGGACAACAGUCUCAUCGUCGAGGAUCUAGACAACAAGGCCCUACAACUCGUCAACCACAUCUUCAAAAACCUCCUCGAUGGCGCCGUAGAUGACGAUGGCAACCACUUAAAGCCCUACCUCAAGGACACCAUCCCUCUCGGUUCUCGCCUUCCUAGUACCACCGCGUCCUUUUGGAGUAUGGAUAUCCCUAGACCCAAGGACAAGGACUCCUCGAGAUUCGGAAAGCGACCAUUCAGGGUUCACGUCUCUAAGGACAAGGGCCAACAGGCGUCUGCGGACGGGUUCCGCAAUAUUGUGAUUGAACAGGAUCUGGUGCAGGCUGUUGGGUAUGAUGAGGAUAUGGUUGCUGCAGUUUUGGCGCAUGAGUUGGCGCAUGCUACGCAGGAUCAUGUUCAUGAGCGGGUUUCUUUCCAAACUGCUAUUGUUAAUGCUGGAAGACACUCUUGGCCAGCACUCUCAACUCUCGGCCCAUUCAUCACCCUCGUCCUCCCCAACAUUGUCCUCCAAACCCUCUACCCGCCCCUCACAAACAUCUCCUCCCGCGCCUGUGAAAAAGAAGCCGACCUCCUCUCUCUCGAAAUCUUGGCCCGUGCAGGGUACGACCCCAUUGCUGCUGCCCGGGUGCAGAAACUUUUUGCAGAGUCGAAGGAGGAGCCGUUGUUGGUCAAGGUUAUACGCUGUACGACUCUUACGCAGAAGAAGGCGCUGUUUGAUGGUGUGGAUGUGAAGAGAAGCGAUGAUGGUAGGGUAGGAAGGAGGAAUGGUAAGGGGGAGAAGAAGGAGAUGGAUCCGAUAGAGAGGCAAGAUGAGUUGUUGAAGAAGUAUGGCGAACGGAAGUGGUGGGAGGGUGCUCAUCCAGAGGGGAGGGAUCGACUCGAGUACUUAUUGAUGGCCAUGUAUCCGGUGCGGCAGGCGUUUUGGGCGAAUGAGAGGGCGAGGAGGGUGCCUGUUAGGCGGUUCAGAUAUCGCCCUUCGUCACCCGUUUUGGCUUUGGUGUCUUUGGACAAGUAG